AUGUCAGACAGUAGUACUAAUUCCGCCCAGAAAGAGCUUGCAUACAAUGAAGUCGCUAAACUGGUCCCGCUAUCGAUGGCUAUUGUGGCAACAAACCUGUUAGUGGUUGUUCUUUUUUGGAAAAGGCGAUACCUACAAACCUUAUCAAAUUUUCCUUUACUUAGUCUUGCCGUAUGUGACUUUGUCACAGGAUUUGUCAACAUACCCUUGCUAAUCAUAUUCAUGCUUAUCCCAACGAUGGAAAUUGACAACCCCAGAGGGUUGAUAUCAAAUUUGAGUUACUCUAUGUUGGUUACUCAUGCUUUUACUUCCACGGCGACUGUAUACCACAUUUUACUCGUGAUAACUGACAAGUAUUUUGCCAUUAAGUGGCCUCUGAAACAUCGUUUGCUCACCAAGAAAAAGAUGUCAGCGUCGUUGGCAGUCGUCUGGCUGUUAUCUUUUGUCAUCGCCUUAGUUCCAGUUUCAUGGAUAAACGUUAGUCAAAAACCUAUAGGAAGAAAGUUAAUGAUGGGCUAUGGGAUAUGUUGCCUCGUGUUUGUUUUCCUCUUUUCAUAUCUCUUUAUGGUGUACGCGUUAGUGGUGAUGUUCAGAAUCAUAUCUGAAAAAACCAAACAGAAAGAUUCAACGCUGCUCAGACGAAAUAGUCGUAACAUGGAAGUUACAAAAAACAAACGUCGUGUAUCCAUUAUUUUUGCUGUGAUGGCCACGGUCUUCGCGGUUUGUUGGCUUCCAUGGUUCAUGCUCACGUUCCUAGUCAAUCUACGAGUGCAAAUAGAGAACCUAGAAUACUUCAUGGAAUGGUUUAUACCAUUUAGAUAUGUCACCUCUAUCAUAAACCCAUUGCUUUAUACAUUCUUUAAACUGGACUUUCGUCAGGCUUUUAAAGAGACGGUAUGGAACAAAAUUGUUUGUAAACCUUCUUUCAAUGCAAGGGCAACGAUUAUGAAAUGGCGAAGGCGUUCUUUUCGGCUGAGGGAGAACAAUGGAACAAAAAAGAACAAAAAAGCUAUAUAUGUGGUAGGACGAGGGAAUGAUACAAAU